AUGCACGGAGGGGUGCAGCUGACUUUGGGCUGCCUCAGACAACGCUAUUGGGUGCCGGGCGGACGAGCCGUGGUGAAGCGACUCAUCCACCGCUGCCUGCCGUGCGUGCGAUGGCGGGCGGCGACUCUUCAGCCGGCCAUGGGAAACCUGCCUCACCCCAGGGUCAGGCCAGCCAGACCAUUCGCCCACACUGGAGUGGACUACGCGGGCCCGAUCAUGCUACGCACUAGCAAGGGACGGGGCCAGCGGGCGUACAAGGCCUUCAUCGCCCUCUUUGUGUGCCUUAGCACGAAGGCACUACACCUGGAGGUGGUCUCGGACUACACGGCCGAGGCCUUCCUAGCCGCCUUCAAGUGCUUUGCCUCCCGCCGGGGACUUUGCUGCACCCUGUACAGCGACAGGGGCACUAAUUUUGUAGGUGCGGAUGCGGAGUUACGGGCGCUGUUCCGAGCGGCGAGCACCGAUGAUGGUCAAAUCUGGCGCGCACUUGCCGACCAGAACGUAGAGUGGAAGUUCAAUCCACCGGCAGCCCCCCACUUCGGAGGCUUGUGGGAGGCCGCCGUCAAAUCUGUCAAGCAUCACCUCCGCAGGGUCAUCGGGGACAAAACUCUCACCUUCGAAGAGAUGACCACCUUCUUGUCGCAGGUCGAGGCCAUCUUAAAUUCGAGGCCACUGUGCGCCUUGUCAGACGACCCGGAAGAUACGGCAGCGCUCACCCCUGGGCACUUCCUCAUAGGCGGGGCGUUCACCGCAAUGCCCGAGCCGUCACUCGCCGAGGAACCCGUGAACAGGCUUUCGAGAUGGCAGGAGGUGCAGCAGAUGCGUGACCACUUCUGGGCGCGAUGGUCACGCGAGUACCUUCCAACCAUCGCCGCCAGAACGAAAUGGCUGCGACCAACUGCCAAUCCCGACGUUGGAGACCUGUGCCUCAUCCGAGGGGAAGCGACCCCUCCGAGUAAAUGGCCACUCGCCCGCAUAACGGAGGUGCACGCGGGAGAGGACGGACAGGUUCGCGUGGUCUCCCUAAAAACCGCGACAACCUGUCUCCAAAGGCCCGUCGUGAAGCUGGUACUGCUACCACGGAUCGACGGCGAGUAA